UAGCUAAUCCUAUAUUUAGCAACUUAAAUUUAGUAACAUCAAUAAAAAUUAUAAAAAUAAGUGAACAGUUGUAUUGAGUCACUUUUGACUGAAGGAGCAAUCUUCUCAUAAGCAAAUAUUGUCAAUACUGAGGAAAGGAAUGAAGGCUCUUCUCUUCUCACUUUGUCUGGUUACUUGCCUGAUUUGUGCCUUGAGUGCACCCAAUAAACAGCCAAUCUCUGUUAAAAUGAAUUGUCGCAGAGGAUCUUCUGCAGUUGCUUGCUCUUUCCUGUACACUAACAAUGCCAGGGAGGAUCUUUAUCUGCUUACGAGUGAAACUCCCAUCGAAGGAUUAUUGGCACCAUUUCUUGAUGUCUCUCUACACGGCAGUGAACCUAUUCCAUACGAAGGAAUAAUAGCUUAUCGUCUUCCUCCUACAAAAGAAGACUUUCUUCUCUUGAAGGCAGGCGAGAGUUUCAUUGCAACAGUUCAAAUCACUGAUGCCUUUAACAUUGACACUGAUGGCCUCUACACCAUACGAUACAGUAAACCAUUGCUGUAUCUGACAGUAGAUGAGAUGGAACUGCAGUCCAUGGAUGAGCUCAAGGAAUUGGCUGUGGACGAGACCGUGUAUAUUGUUCUGGAAGAUACUCACUCACUCGUAAAACCAAAAGAACCCGAAGAACCCAAAAUGGGAAAUGUUAUCCACAUUCAAAGUUGUUCCAGUUGUAACUUCAUCGGUGGUGAUCGUGACAAUGAGGCUACAUUGAGAGUUCAUAAGAGACUCUGCAGUCAGAUUGACGUAGCUAAAGGUAGAGUUGGCCCAAGUGAUGCACUGUAUAAGAAAUGGUUUGGUGCCUAUACUUCCAAAAGGGGGGACAAAGUAAUACAGGCAUACAACAGAAUGAAAACUGGAAUCUCAGGCCGCACAGUCACAUACCAUAAUAAUGGUCCGAAAUGCAAAAAGGGAUGGGUAGCCUAUACAUUUCUUACUGGCCGUCCAUAUUACACUGUCUACUUUUGCAAUCCUUAUUUUAGACUGCCAGAAAAUUGUAAUGGUGUUCGGUAUACCAAAGAACGUGUCUUGAUGCAUGAAUGGGCUCAUGCUUUAGGCUAUGCUCGGGAUUACAAGUAUUAUUCAAAGCCGUGUCAGAAGCUGGCCGAGACUGAUCCCGAUAAGGCUGUUAAAAAUGGUGACAGCUAUAGUUUUCAUUACUGUGAAAGCUAUUAAGCUCAUCAAGUCAGCCCUCAAGCCAAGAACAUUAGUUAGAACUCAUGCAACACAAGCUAUGCACAUUUUGCUGCUACAAUAAUUAAUAUAAUAUAAUAUAAUAACAUUUUCAUUUCUUGGCUAAUAAAAAUUCAAUGAUAA